UUCUCAAGCCUAUUUAGAUAUGCCAAGCAGUUCCACCACAGACCUACCAUUUCUUUGUGACAAGAUAUCCUUUCACAAGACUAAGUAUUUCCCAGCAAAUAGUCAAAUAAGCCAUACUUAAGAGAAACAACCAUUUAACAGGUUCCUCUCGAUAACACAUUGUCUUUCCAAGCCACUGAUUGAGCCUGUAACCCAGAUCUGGCCAGAGUUGCAAGAGAGGGGAGUGUUAGCUAAUUGAGGAUUAAACUGACAAAUUGCUUCAGCUGAGGAAGGGCGGGGUGUGUGAACUCUUGAGAGCCUCUUUCAAAUCCACAAACCUGAAGGCAGGAGGAAGGGAGUGGCUAUGACUGCAACUUGAGAUUUCUUCUUCACCCCCCACCCUAAAGCCAAGCCAAGCCAAGCCAAGCCAGCAUGAGAAAGCGAGAAUAUCCAACUAAUUCCUGGCUCUAAAUAUUCCAUUUCAAAGAAAGCUUCUAGGUAGGGUUUCCUUUAAUCCUUUCUUCUGGAUGCCAGGGAGGAGGUAUUGGGAGCAGCUUAACAAACCUCAACAUGGGUAGAGUGGCCAUUUUUUCUCUCUUUCUUUGGUGCAGCACUUUGAUUGUCUAGGAGUUCCUUCUCCUCCUCCUCCUCCUCCUCCUUCUCUGUCCAAUUUUGGUCUUCCGUCUUGGUCUGAGUGAUGGGUGGACUCUUGUAAGUGGCCAGCUUGGAAGCAAAGCCAAGGACUCCAGGAGGACCAUAGAGCUUGGAGAAACUCUCAACUUUGUUUCUAGGAACGUUGGAUGGUGCUUCCAAGAUGGGAUGAGCGAGAAGAAAAGGCAUGGAGGAGAUGGCUAGAGAGAGCAUCAGCUUGCUAGCAAAGCCAUCUCUGGAGUCUGAGAGCCCCCAGCUUUCCUCAUCAGGUGCCAUCUUCAUCUUGCUCAAAUCUGCCCUUGGAGCAGGACUCCUGAACUUCCCCUGGGCUUUCAAUAAAGCUGGUGGAAUGGCCCCAGCGAUCUCCGUGGAACUGGGAUCUUUGAUAUUCCUCAUUAGCGGCUUAGUAAUCUUGGGUUAUGCGGCUUCCAUCAGCACUCAGACAACAUACCAAGGUGUGGUGAGAGAAAUCUGUGGAUCAGCUGUGGGCAAGCUUUGCGAAGUGUGCUUCAUCUUGAACCUCUUCAUGAUCUCUGUGGCCUUCCUCAGAGUUAUGGGAGAUCAACUAGAAAAAUUAUGCGACUCUUUCUCCCUCAACGAAACCCUGCAUGGAGACAGUUUUCGCCAGCCCUGGUUUAUCGACCAGCGUUUCACCUUGUCUACCUUGUGCCUCCUGGUGAUUUUCCCGCUCUCCAUCCCAAGACAAAUUGGCUUCCAAAAAUAUACAAGUAUCCUUGGUACUUUAGCUGCCUGCUACCUGAUGCUGGUCAUUGUGCUGAAAUAUUAUCUCCAAACCGAUCACGCUGUUAAGCAGGAACGUCUCCAUUCUGCUAGCUCUUGGGCCUCCAUGUUCAGCGUUGUCCCAACCAUCUGUUUCGGAUUUCAGUGUCACGAAGCCUGUGUGGCCAUCUACUGCAGCCUGAGCGAUAAGAGAUUGUCCCACUGGGUGGUGGUUUCUGUGAUGUCCAUGCUCUUCUGUCUGUUGAUAUACUCCCUGACAGGUUUGUACGGCUACUUAACAUUUGGAGCUGAUGUCGCAGCGGACAUCCUAAUGUCCUACCCUGGAAAUGAUGUGAUGGUUAUUGUAGCCCGGCUGUUAUUUGGCAUCUCCAUUAUCACCAUCUACCCGAUAGUCCUUUUCCUAGGAAGGUCGGUCCUCCAAGAUGUGUGCCUCGGCUCCAAGCAGGGCUGCAUCCAGAUGGAAACCAAUGAGAAAUGUAUACGGAUUUUGCUGACCACUGCCUGGGUAGUAAUCACCCUCAUCAUUGCCCUGUGUGUACCUGACAUCAGCGAGGUGGUCAGCGUCAUUGGAGGCAUUGGGGCUUUCUUCAUCUUCAUUUUUCCAGGUUUGUGUUUGGUGUUUGCAAUGGAGACGGAGCCCUUCAGGCCAAGAACCAAGUCCUGCCUAAUUGCCUGGGGAAUCAUCACCGUCUUUUGUGGAGCUUUCAUCUUUGGGCAAAGCACAGCAUCUGCCAUCAUGGUCCUAUUGCACAAACUCUAGCCAAAGUCAUCAGCCGAGGUGAUGUUGCCUCUAAGAGACGCUCUUCUUCACAACUGGACUAUUGUGAUGCAGUGCUCCGUGUCACUGACAGAUGCGGUAAAAUCUCAGUUGAACGGGGUUAAUUUUAGCAGUUCUUUGGAAGCAAAGAAUUGCCUAAGAAUUACAGCACCGGCAUUUGCAAAUAAUCCGGACAAUUCAUGCUAUUUCCUUUGCAGUGAUUUACACUGUAACAUUCACAUCAAUUGCGUCAUUAUACACAAUGGUGCCAAUGUAGUGAAAAUGACAUCAUGGAAAAGAAAUGGCAGUGACAGAACCCCCCCCCCCCACAUUCCUUAAAUGGCCCCUUAAACUGAGAUUUUACUAUGCUGGUCAUAAUUUAACUCAUACUCACAUUUUAUCUAUCUGGUAUUGUUAAUAAAAGUGACGUGUUAGUCAUGUCUCUUGUUGGA